AUGGCUGCUGCUGCUGCUGCUCUGGGGGAAGUUGGAGGCGUCUUGCACGGCAUCGAUGGUGUCUCACAGGUCGGGUCCCAUUUCUUCCUGACCCCUCUGGGGGACAGUCCGACGCUACUAGGGGAGCAACUCAUACCUGGGGACAGGCUCUCCCGAAGCACCCCGGCGGAUUUAACGCACCUCAAAGGGAUUCUCAGGAGGAGACAGUUAUACUGCAGGACUGGUUUUCAUCUGGAAAUACUUCCAGAUGGCACAGUGCAAGGGACGAGGAAGGACCACAGUCGUUUUGGUAUUUUGGAAUUCAUAAGCCUUGCUGUUGGGUUGAUAAGCAUUAGAGGGGUGGACAGUGGACUCUACCUGGGGAUGAACGACAAAGGAGAGCUGUAUGGGUCUGAGAAGCUCACAGCUGAAUGUGUCUUCAGGGAGCAGUUUGAGGAGAACUGGUACAACACUUACUCCUCCAACCUCUACAAACAUGGAGACAAAGGGACGCGUUAUUUUGUGGCAUUAAAUAAAGACGGGACACCAAGGGACGGGACUAAAUCCAGGCGGCACCAGAAGUUUACACACUUCUUGCCCAGGCCUGUGGACCCCGACCGUGUGCCAGAGCUGUACAGGGAUAUCCUGGGACACAGCUGAGACCUGGAGGCCUGGUCCAGUUCAGGAAUAGUUGCUAAAGCCCUGUCAGGCAGGGAGCAAGACAAGAGAAGAGGGACGCAGACAUGGGGAUGUGGCCAGUGCAGGCUGGUGGACAGCAGUCCAACCAGCAGGGAUAAAGGCACUGGGGGCCUCUUGUAGGAAUGCACGGGCCAUCUCUCAGCAGCCAGGAAGACAGGCCAGAAAGUCUGCACACUCUGCAUGAGGGGGUCGUUUGUAUUAGAGGCUGGGCAACCCUAAAAAGUACCGGCGUGGAAUAGGAGAUGAAUGGGAAACUGUGCUGAAUGGUCAGGGAGCAUCUCUCUAGUCAGACUGAGACGUCAGCCAACGUGGAGGCCGUGGGAAUCUAUCAU